AUGCCUUCCACCUUUAACACAGGUGUGUCUCUGAGGGUGAUGCUACUGGCAGCUCUCACUGUUCACAUCACAGAUCAAAGUCCUGGUAAGUAUAUGCUAUUAGUUAUCUGCAAAAUAUCCUAUUUGCUCCACAAAUCUGUCUCUUGUCUCAAAUAAAUAAACAAAUAAUAUUCUCCUUCAAUUUCCCUGAGUGAGAAAACAUGUAUUAUUCAGUUUCUUUCUAUCUUACUCUCUCUGUUAAUCUCUCCCUUUCACCACAGCAGUCUUCUCCUUGACUGUCCCUGAUGGUCCAAUCUUGACCCAGUUAAACGCCUCUGUCUCUCUACCUUGUGAACUCUCACCUCUCUUCAAUGCGGAGCCAUUGGAGGUGCGCUGGUAUCGGUCCAGUGAUUUCAACAAACCUGCCUUGUUGUACAAAGAUCACAAGAUCCAGGAGACGUCUGUGGACCCCCGGUACAGGGGCAGGGUGUCUCUAACUGGGGGGCUGGAGAGAGGGAAUGUGUCCCUGAGACUGGAGAGGGUCACUCUAGAAGACAGGGGGGAGUAUGUGUGCUAUGUUAGCAGUGAACAGUGGUACGAAAAAGCCACUGUGUCUCUCACAGUGACUGGUAAGGGACACAUAACUAGUUUUACUUACACGGAUAGUUCACCCAAAUUACAAAAUGACAUAUUGGUUUAACAUGGGAGGACAUUUUAUGUCUGCCCACCGAACUGCAAUGCCCUUCAAAAUACUGUAAUACUCACAAUAUUGUGGCAGAAAUGAUCUUGUAUCUUUUGUUUUAUGAUAAUUCACAGGAAAAUGUGAUGCAUGAGAUACGCUAAUCUAUUCCAAUAAUAUAUGAUCAUAGCUUGUCCUCACCUCCCCUUUCAUCUGUUCAUUAGUAAUAGGUAGUGCCCCAGUUCUCUCUGUAGCUGAAACAAGAGGAGGAAGUCAGGUGAACAUUACCUGUUCAUCAGAGGGCUGGUCACCACAACCUACACUCACCUGGAGAAACAAAGAGGGGACAGAGAUCAGAAAUGCACAAGUACUCAACACCCCUGGUAAUUACUUUUAGAAUCACUACACAUGCCAAAUCAGUCUGAAGAACGCUAUCUACGACUGUGUGUAUGUUUGUGUAUGUGUGUGUGCCUGUAUCUGUGAAUGUGUAUCUUUCCCAUAUAAUAAAUUAUUUCGUAUAUAUAUGCCUCUCUUUCUGUUUCAGGUCCUCAGGGCUUGGUGAGUGUCAGUAGUUGGCUUCUGUAUUCUCCCUCAGACUCCGAUUGGCUCUCCUGUACAGUCUCUCUGUCUGAGGAGGUGAAGAAGGAGAGUAGAAUCCUGCCCAGAGCUCCAAUGGAAGGUGAAUGUCUCAGAAAUGGUUAUCAAUACCUUAACAUUUAAUAUCUCAAUGUUGAACUCUUUCAGACAGUUUAUUCAAUGUAGCAUCUUAUGUAAAUUCAUGUUCAAAUGUACUUUUAUCUAGCCUGGCUGACAGAGUCAGUGCUUUUGCCAGAUUAACUUGUACCCACAUAGCAGUAUACAAAUCAAAUGUAUACAAAUGUAUACAUGUGAUGUGUCAUAUGUGUGG